AUGAGACGGACAACAUUUAUAUUUCUAUUGGAGUUAUUAACUCCACAUCUUGCAAAAGAUUUAGGAAAAUUAGGACGUUGUCCAUUAUUACCAGAAAAACAAUUGUUAUUAUGUAUUUGGAUGANGGCAACACCUGAUUCAUAUAAAAGUAUAAGCAAUAGAUUUGGUGUAGGGAAAGCAACCGCUUGGAGAAGCGUAAGGAGAGUUGUUUCUGCUUUAUAUUUUUAUUUGCAUACAUUUAUAAAAUGGCCAUCAGCAGAAGAAGCAGAGAAUACUUCAACAUUAAUAAAAAACAGAUAUGGCUUCCCAAAAGCAAUAGGUGCUAUCGAUGACACUCAUAUAAAAAUAGCAGCUCCAAAAGUUAAUCCAGAAUGUUAUAUAAAUAGGAAAGGGUAUCAUUCAAUACAGUUACAGGUUAUAUGUGAUGCCAGUUUAAAAUUUCUACAUUGCUAUGCUGGACAAGUUGGUUCCACACAUGACAUGAGAGUUCUCCGAUUAUCAGGUUUUCAAAAUAUGUAUACAGAAGAAAAUUUUCCAGAUGAUAGUCAUCUGUUAGGAGAUGCUGCAUAUGAAAUUCAAAAAUAUAUAAUGGUUCCUUUUCGAGAUAAUGGACACUUAACGGAGAUACAAAUAAAAUACAAUCAAAUACUUUCUUCUGCACGUAUGAUUGUAGAAAGGUCAUUGGGACUUUUGAAAGGACGAUUUUGUAGUAUUCUUGAUAAAUUGCCAAUGACCAGAACAGAUUUGAUACCCAAAUAUGUAGUAGCUUGUUGUAUUUUACAUAACAUUUGUCUGUUACAUAAUGACAUGAUAGAUGUAAUACCUAUUAUAUUAAAUGAAAGAGAGUUUGUACCUAAUUGUGAUCCUAUUGAUGCUCAAAGUAAAGAUCAAGGUGUUCAAAAACGAAACCGUAUUGCACAAUCAUUUAGAAACUUGCGUUAA